AUGGCUACACAGACCGUACCAAUUCAUCGUACAAAUACAAAUUCAAGUAGUUCAAAUAAAAAAACUGAAGUAUGGUUUAAUGCAUUUGAUUUUGCACCUGGUCAAGAUGAAAAUAUUCGUUGGCUUAAUCGUCCAAAUCAACAAUUAGUGCACGACAGACAUUCACAUGAUGCAGAAAAAUUUCGUAUUACGUUUGAUGUUGAAAAUUUUCAAGCUGAUCAAAUUAAAAUCUAUAUUCAAAAUGGUAAAUUAACCAUAUCAGGUGUUUAUGAAGAACGUACUGAAAAUCGUUUUGUACAAAAAAAAUUUGAAAGAAAUUUUGAGCUUCCAGCUAAUGCUGACAUUGAUUCAAUAGCAUCAUUUAUAACUUCGGAUCAUAUGCUUGUCGUUGAAAUUCCACUUCAUACAUCAACGCAUGUUGAUCAUUUAAGUGUUACUAGCAAUCAAAAUAAUCAACGUCGUCUAUCAUUUUCAUUAAAUAAAUAUAAUACAUCAAAUAAUCAAGAUUUAUUAUCGUCAUCAAAUGAUGUCUCUAAUUCUUCAACAGCAGAUCAACAAACAUCUAUUACAAAAACUACGAAAACAACAACAACGACGACAAGCGACUUAACUGAUCUUCCACGUGAAGCAGCUGAAUUACUUAAGAAUGUGGAUAUGACAAAUGCUAGCAAUAUUCAAACUUAUAGUACACAUACAUCGGAACGUUAUUCAUCGAAUACAGGUGUUCGAAAAAUUGAUACUACUGAACCUGAUAGAUCAUCAUCGACAACAACUACUAAACAAACAGUAUCAAAAAGUUCGGAUUUGGCAAAUUUACCAAUAGAAGUUUCACCGGAACUUUUGGCUAGUGGUGGUACACUAACAAUUCAAAAACGAAAAGUUUCAACAACAACAACAACAGAAGUCGAUAGAAGCACUGAUCAAGGUGCUUCUAUACCAAUUACACGUAGCACUGAUACACAAUCAACAACAAAAGAAGUCCAUAGAAACAUUGAUCAAGGUGUUUCUAAACCAAUUACACGUAGCACUGAUACACAAUCAACAUCAACUAAAACUGCAAGUACAACAAGCAAUACAUCACAAAAUACAUUAAAUCAACAACAGUCAAGCACUAGUGAACGUGGUGAUUCAAAAACAAUAUCAAGCAUCAAUCAAAAUAGAAAAUAUACACUUGAAGAAUUUCUUCAAAAUAAAACAUGGAAUCCAUCUCUUGUUGAUGGCCCUGGUGGCAAGAAAAUUCUCAAUAUGCGUUUACAAAUGAAGCCAGGUACAACAUUGGAUCAAAUGAAAAUUUCACUUAAUGGAUAUGAUUUACGCAUUGAGGUCAAUAAUAAAGUAUCAACUGAUGGUAUUCACUAUAUAAGUGAACAUAGUUAUCGUCAAAUUACUCUUUUUCCUACUUGUGAAAUUGAUCAUUUGACAACAGAAUUGAAAGCUGAUGGUUUUCUUCAUAUUAAAGUCCCUAUCAAAUUAUAA